AUGGAACCACUCACAACACCGGAUCCGGACCGGUUCUCCAAGGCCCUGGGGCUGUCCUACAUUGGAUCGAACAUGACCGGAAAAAUCUGGUUGUUUGCGGAAGAGGGAUCCACUUUUGAUAUUGAUUGUGAUUCGGAACAAAUCCUACAUGGGCGUCUCAAGUCCCACCGCAUUGCUAGGCCGCUGGCCAUUUCGGCCGUGUAUGCCAAAUGCACAAGAUCCGAAAGACACCUCCUGUGGGAUAAGAUGAGAGAGAUUGCUGGGCCCCUCGAAGGAUCACCAUGGAUUAUCGGUGGCGACUUCAACACCAUCCUAUCACACCGAGAUAGGGUUGGGAGCGACACCAACCGGCAAGCCGAGAUGGUCGACUUCGCGGAGGCAAUUGAAGACUGUAGGCUCCUUGAUCCGGGGUUCGAUGGGGCAGCAUUCACAUGGGCCAAAAACGACGUCUUUGAAAGAUUGUAUAGAGUGCUUGUUAGUGAGGGUUGGGCUAGGGCCUUCGAAGCUACUCGGGUUACGAACCUCCCUCGGGUUGCUUCGGACCACGGGCCGGUCCCUGUAAGAUGUAAGACGCUGAACACUACCAUCGGAGGCAAGGCAUUCCGAUUCCAGAACAUGUGGAUCCGACAUGGGGGGUUCAUGGCUGUAGUGCAAAAUGCAUGGGAGGAGAGUACGGGGGCGAGUGGACUCCUAAAUAUUCAAAUCAAACAUGCUAGAGUGAAAAGAGCCCUAAAGGCGUGGAACAAAGAAGUUUUUGGGAACAUCCAUGCCAACCUCAAGGAAAAGGAGGAAGGAAUUGCCGUGGCCCAAUCCAUCUUCGAGGCAAGGCCAACACCAGAAAAUAGGACAAUGAUCAAUAAAUACAUUGCCGAGUACAUCAUGUUGCUGAAAAUGGAAGAGGAUUUUUGGCGGCAAAAGGCAGCCCUGAGAUGGUAG